AUGAAUUUUACAGAAAAUUCUUUAGAAACCACCUUUUUGAAUUUACUAAUAGAAAAAGAUAAUAAUAAUAAUAAUAAUAAUAAUAAUAAUAAUAAUAAUAAUAAUAAUAAUAAUAAUAAUAAUAAUAAUAAUAAUAAUAAUAAUAAUAAUAGUUGUAGGUCUAAUGAUGAUGAUGAACAUAAAACCUUUAUAAAGAAAUUAUUGGAUGAAUAUUAUUCAAUAUUUUGUAAAGAUAGAUCAGUCAUUAUAUAUUAUUAUUACGAUGGAUUUAAUAAUAUCAAUUUAGAAAAUAAUAGUUUAUACAGUGUAGAUUUAGAAGAAUAUUAUGAAUCAUUUAGAUUUGGAAUUCCAACAUUUGACUUGGUUGGUCAUUUUCUUUAUGACCACCUUAAUUUUAAAUCAUUGAUAGAUAUCAUGGAAUAUCCAUAUAAAAAGUCAAUUAAUAUUUUAUUCUCAAAUUGUACAGAUAGAUUAAAAAAGAUUCAGUUAAUAGAUAAAGCCAUUCAAUCAAUAAAAUCAGAUGGUUUGCGAAAUGUUGAAAAUCAAUUAACGAAUUUCUUUUAUAUGGUUGUCAUGCACGACGAUUUAGAAUUAAUAAAGUAUUUUUUCAAACAAAUUAAUGGUUAUCAAUUACAUUUGGGUGGUGGGGGUGGAGAUUUACAUUACUUAUAUAUGUUUAACCCAACAAUUUAUAUUGGUUCGGUAGAUGUUUUAAAUUAUUUAUUUGAAAAUCAUAGAGAAUAUUUUAUUGAUGAUAAAUAUAACUAUUAUUCCUAUUUCAAGAAUUUAGAAUUAUUAAAACACUUUGAAGCAUUAUAUAUUUCAAAUAAAUCUUUAAAUAAAUAA